AUGGUGGUGGUCGGUGAGCUGCCCACCAUUGCCCAGGCCGGGUUGGUGGCGUUCGCGGAUCGUGUGAACGAAAUCCACAAAGAUCUCGUAAUCUGGAUCGCGAUCGACGGUAUCCUGAUGGUGUGCAUCUUUAGCGGUAACAUCCUGACGAUCAUCGCCGUGUGGUACUACCGGCGGUUGCAGUGGCUGAUCUCGAAUCUGUUCGUACUGUCGCUCGCAAUCUCGGACAUCUUUGUGGGGUUAACGUUGCCGUAUCAUCUGGCGUUCUAUAUGGGUGUUGAUCUGGGACGCCAGAAGCAUCUCUGCCUGUUGCGGUUCUUCGUGCUGAUCAUCGCGUGCAGCGUGUCGAUCUGGAACCUGAUCGCGAUCGCAGUUGAUCGAUAUAUAGCGAUCUGCUAUCCGUUACACUACGCCCGAGUGAUGACGAAAAGGACAGCCCUCACGAUCCUUGGGUUCGGUUGGUGUCUCGCGAUCGCGAUCGCAACGAUCCCGCUGAUCUGGAACAAAUGGGAAACGGCGCAGGAGUGCGAGUUUGAUGAGCUACUGCACCCGUGGUACGUUGCCGGUGUCAUCACACCUAUCUUCUCCGUCGUGUGGUUGUGCCUGUUCGUGGUGUACUGGCGCAUCUGGCGGGAGGCUUCGAAACACGCGAAACAAUUGCGCGCACAUGGGCGCGCUUCCGAGCGAUCCUCCAGUGAUUGGAAAUCGGUUCAGGUCGUGCUGCUCAUUAUGGGCUGCUUCACCUUCUGCUGGAUCCCGUACUUCGUGGUCGUGUUGACGCAGAUAUUCGCGUUCGUCGAGAACAGCUCACCGACGUUGUACAAAGCCGCAUUUUCCCUCGCGAUGGCCAACUCCAUGAUGAAUCCCAUCAUCUACGCGUGGAAAAACACACACUUCCGGCAUGCGUUCAAGCAGCUGCUCACCUGCCACAAACCGGUUGUUCCGGUGCCGGUAACUGCGCCGGCCAUACCCAGCAACACCGUCGUAGGGCCCGGCUCCGGUGCAGCUUCCUUCGAGAUGGUAACCAAGGUUGAGCUGGAUGGUGUUACCUCGGGUCCACUGCCGGUGGGCAAUCUCACCAGCCACAGCAGUCUCGCUAGUGUGGCCGAUCCUCCAACAACACCGGGUCGGUUUGAGUCCGUUGUCGUCAUUUCGCAACUCGCCGGAAGUGGGGGCAAUCAUGGUGCUAACGGUGGAGAGCACAUCCGACCGGCAAACACCACCAUCCGGUUGUCACUGAGUAACGACGAGCUGCCUGCAAUGGUGACCGGCACGAGGGAACCACCGGCGGGUUCGUCCGGUGGUGAAACACCCAGACUUAGUCCGGCACCUUCCACGCACAUCAUCGCUGGUAGCAUUAUCAUCAACAACUUCAACCUGUACGAUCAGGCACGAGUGGAGCGGUUGUUGAGGCGCGAAUGGGCAACAACUAGCACACCCGGAAGUGCCGAAGGUACCGAAGUACCGAGCAUCAACACCUCCGACACCCAGUUGGUAUCUGCGACAAAGCUGUAA